AUGGACAUGAUGAAACCAAAUAUCAACUUCAUAUUAAUAACAGGAAAGCCUAAUCUCCCCCACUCUAGCCAGAGUGAGAGAGUAGGGCCUGUCACUGAUCCUGGUAGCCCCACGGUGGCCAUCCAAACACUGGGUGGUGGAGAUAGUUCAGAUACUGUCAGGCCAGCCUUGGCCCCUCCUGCUGUGCAGGGACCUCUUGUCUCAGGCCCAGGGAGAGAUUUACCACCCCCAUCCAGAACAGGUGGCACUCUGGGCCUGGCCCGUGAGUGGCUGAAUUUGGAUGCAGUCGGUCUGCCCCGCAACGUGAUUGACACUAUAUGUGGACAGGACAGCAAGUUUCAGGAGAAACGACCAGCUGUUUGUGUCUUGGGCUACACCCCACAAGGGAAAACCACUGUCCCGCCAGAGGCUGUCUCACUGGAUCAUGGAGACUAUAGAACUGGCUUACAGGUGUUUCACUCUGAAGAAGAAGAUUUCUAUAUCAACAACACCUCACAGAUGGAAAGCAAUGAUUACGGCAAUGUCAAAUCCAACUACAAUGGUUAUAUCUACACCAACUAUGGUUAUAGCAAUGCAACCCACCCCUAUUAUGAACCACAUAUGUAUGUGUUAACAUGCAUAAUCAUUGGUAUUGGCCUUCCUUUGACUCUAGUGGCCAUCUACUCUCUUUAUUCCCAGGUGCAAAAUAAUAAUGUUGCUCCAAUCUACAUCAUCAACCUCCUCAUCUCUGACAUCAUUCAGCUCUGCUGCCUGAUCGGCAAAGUGGCAAAAUCUGAGGACUGGAAGAUCUAUGAAAUCUUCUCUUACAUUCACUUCUUUAGUGUGCUGCCUAGUGUUGGCUUCAUGGUCUGUGUCGCCAUGGAAAGGUAUUUGGUCACUGCAUGGCCACUGUGGUACCACGUCAGAAGAACCAUCAAGAUCUCUCUUGUGGUCUGUGUUGUGGUCUGGACCCUUCCUCUUGUUUCUGUCGUUCCUCCCUAUUUCUGGGUUAACCCUAAGGUCUCAAAAACCAUUUUCGCCAUCUUCUUCCUCGCUCCUUUACCACUGCUCAUAUUCUUCCUGGGUGGGACCCUCAAAGCCCUGUCUGCUGCCAUCUCAGUCUCCUCUGAUGAAAAACGACGAAUUGUGGGAAUGUUGGUCCUGGUGCUGCUCAUCUACACACUGCUGUUUCUACCCACUAUCAUCAUGUUCCUGGUAGAAGAAUCAAUUCAUAAUCAUACCUUCAGCGACCUGAGUGAAAUGCUUUUUGAGUGCAGUCCUCUUGCAGACUUGAUUCUGUAUGUUUUCAUUAGGAAAGGGGCCAUAGACAAGCUUUUGGCCUCUCUGUGUUGUUGCAGAAUGGACAGUGAUGAUAACAGCAGAUCAUCAGUAUGAAAGACAACAACAUGUACACAGUCAGCUCCAUGCAGGCAGAGAAAGAGGGAGAAAGAAAAGGGAGAAAACAGAUGUUAACUGUAAUGUGUCUGAAUGUUAACUAAAAUGCACUUAAACUAGCAAACAAGAAAUAAAGUGUUGUAUAUGAGUGUAUGACAAC